AUGUCACUGCGCGGUGGCCGCGGGCUGGCGGCCAUCUCCCCUCUGCCCUCCCCGGGCACAGCCGCGCUCACGCCGCUGUCACUGGAUAGGGCUGACCCGGCGGUCCCGGACAGGUACCAGGACACCCCUCAGAGGGGACGCGGGGCGCUGCCCCUCCCGCGGCUGUGGCACACGCUGUCCCCGGAGCCGCUGGCCUCGGACUGUCCCGGGGACUCGGUGUCCUCGCAGCCCACGGAUCCAGGUGAGGGACUGCGGCUGCUCCGCCCCACAGCCGUCCCCAACCGCUGCUGGCUCUGGGGUCGUGCCGAAGGGAUGCGGAUGCCACCCCCCCAUAAAGCUCAUCUCUGCUCUCCCCACAGCUUCCAGAAAAUGAUGCCGAACUCUGGGAGACGUCUCAAAGACAGGAAGCUCCUUGGCCAGAGGAUGCACUCCUUGCCGCAGAAGUGUCAGCUGGAAGCCAGACCGGUCCUGAAGGACAUCUCCCAGCUCCAGGUGCGCAGGGACAGAGUGCAGCAGCGCCAGACGGAGCCCGAGGAUGAGGGGGGCUUUGGCCCCAAAAAGCUGCAGAGGCCGGGCCAGCGGGACCGGCUGCCCGCCGGCCAUGGGGCUGCCAGGAGGAACCUUCUUGCCCAGAGCCCUUCCCGCACACCAGCCCUUCACCAUCUCCUCUGCUUCUCCCCCAAGUCCCCCCAGCUGGUGCUCUGGCAGAGCGAUGCCACCAUGUGCCAGGGGAUGGAGAACGGGCUGACCACGCCAGUGAUGAAGAAGGAGGAGGCAAAGCUGCGUGCGGGGAAGCGCAGCCAGUGCCGGCAGCUCUUCCGCUCGUCCUGGCUGCCCGGCAGUGUCCCCAGGCCCGUCCUGAAGCGGGGACAGCCCUCGCACAGGGGCACCCCUGUCAAGGCUAAGAAGCAGAAGAGGGUGUCUGGCAGUCCUGACCAGGAGGCGUCGGUGCAGUUGGGAGUGGGGCUGGAGCCUUCCAGAUCCGCCCAGCUUGAGGAGAUGGAGAAAGUGCUGGCCAGCGAUGAGCAGGAGCUCAUUGGGGACUUCUCCAUGCCUCACCUCCUGCCGACGGUGGAAGGGAAGGACCCAAGCCUGAAGUACAUCUCCCCUGGCACGCUGGUGGCAGUGCUGACGGGGCACUUCAGCAGCUUCCUCGAGAGCAGCAUCGUGGUGGACUGCCGGUACCCCUACGAAUACGAGGGGGGCCACAUCACGGGUGCUGUCAACCUGCCGCUGCAGCGGGAUGUGGAGGAAUUCCUGCUGGAGCAGCCCAGUGUGGCGCUGGACAGCAGCAAGAGGGUGAUCGUCAUCUUCCACUGCGAGUUCUCUGUUGAAAGGGGCCCCAAAAUGUGCAAGUUCCUGCGGGAGAGGGAUCGGUCCUGCCACGAGUACCCGCAGCUGCAGUACCCUGAGCUCUAUGUCUUGAACGGGGGGUACCGCGAGUUCUUCUUCCAGUUCCCGAGCCACUGCGAGCCCCGGGACUAUCGGCCCAUGGCGCACCCGGCGUUCAAGGAGGAGCUGCGCAAAUUCCGCGGGCAGAGCCGGCGCGGCCGGCGGGAGCUCUUGGUCCGCGGGCGGGACCUGUGA